AUGAAUGACGAGGCGCUUUGGGGUAUGGACAGUGGACAGCCGUGUCGCGUGGCGCGUGGCGCGAAGCUCACACAGUGGAAGAAGAAGCAGAAGAAGAAUAAGAAGAAAGAGGAGAAGAAGGAGAAGAAGCAGAAGGAGGGGAAGAAGGAGAAGGAGGAGAUCGAAGCCCUCAAAGCAGAGUGCAGUGGGAAAUAUGAUACGGGCGAGACCAUAUUUACGUAG